AUGGCAUUCAAUUUCAACUGGUCGCCGUUAACGGCAGAUGCGGACUUUUACGAACGGGCCCAGGAGUUGCUCACAACCGCCCUCAAUAAAUCCCCGAAGCCUCCGAUAAUAGUCGAUGAUAUUCUAGUCAACGAGCUCAACUUGGGGAGUGUGCCUCCCGAGUUGGAGAUACUGGAGAUUGGGGAUUUGGCAGAGGAUAGGUUCAGGGGGAUCUUUAAGAUGUGCUAUUCUGGAGAUGCCUUCUUGACUCUGAAGACUCGAGUCCAAGCGAACCCCUUGAACACAUAUUUAUUUUCGAAGCCAUCUUUUACCUCACCUCAGCCGCUAGCAGCCUCCUCUGGCUUGACGAUACCAUUACAAAUUACCUUGUCGGAGAUCAAGCUGUCUGCUUUUAUAAUAUUGGUCUUCUCGAGGCAAAAAGGGUUGACCCUGGUUUUCCGAAAUGAUCCUCUCGAAUCCCUCAAGGUCUCAUCGACCUUUGACUCGAUACCGUUCGUCCGCAAUUAUUUACAAAAAGAGAUUGAGAUGCAAUUACGGACGUUGAUGAUGGACGAGUUACCGGCGAUUAUACACAGACUUUCACUGCGGUUAUGGUGUCCAGAAUACAGAGCGAAGGAAGAAGAAGAGAUGGCACAAGCCGUGAAACAAGAAGAGGAGGAAGUUGCAGUGGAUCCGUUUUCUAGCCCACCACAAGAUGCCGUCGAUUCGAGAGGGAACGUUUUGGAUGCGAGCGAGAUAUCCUCGUUAUCACUGGAUGGUGGAUCGGAAAUCCAUUCAUUAUUUUCGCAGAAGAACCUGCUUCGACUAGCUGCUCUAACAGAUUCCCACCGAACUUUAUCAUUAUUUACACCUUCCAUCCGAGACGCAGUUUUCCGAGCAUGGGCCGGGCCAUCAGAACGAAGUGAUUCAGCAGGGAGCUCUACACCAGCAACACCCAGCCUGUUGAGAUCCAAUUCAUCACUGGGGACUUCUACAACAUACACAUUCAGCAGAGGGUCAGAUGAUGGACAUGGUCACCUGCCGUCACGGCCCUCACUUGUCAGCAUGCACUCUGCCACUAGCGGUCUUGGACUUGGAGCAGGGAGGCAUUCGAGAUCACAUAUGCGCAAGAAAAAGACCAGAGUUGUCAAUCUCCGCAAACCAAAGACAACAGACGAUCUUGUCAGCGAAUCUGGCGAGAGCGAGACCUCCUCUGAUGCACCAGCAUCAGAACCAAUCAUGCCAACUCGCAUUCCCGAGGAACCAGAAGAUAACAUCAUCGACCCUCCUCACUCUCCGCAAAGAGUUCGCUUCCGGGAAAGCAAUGCCGAUAUUGCCUCGCCACAGAAAGCACGUCUGGCAGCCCGACCAGCACUUUCAAAUAUCCUCCCCGAACAAUCGAUCCUCGAUCCCUCCCCCUCGAUCGAGAAAUCCGAUCCCACGGUCCCGAUCUUCUCCCGCGAACAUAGACCCCCCUUCCAUUCCUCUCCAUACCCAACAGAGAAAGUCCCAGCUACAUACACACCAGCACCUAUCCUCUCCUCCGACCCAACCGCAGCAGGUAGCAUCCUCUCACAAGCCUGGGUCCUCAAAAUGGCCAACGAGAUCGCGCGUCAGGCACAGGAUAUGAAUGUGAAGGGUGCAAGAGAAGGCUUCUGGAGCCAAUCUCAAGGCGAGAGGGAGGAUUCUCCGCCUCCAGCUUAUCAGGCUGCGAUGUAA